AUGAAGAAAUGUGAUUGUAAUAUUUAUGAUACCACCGCUGCACCAGCGUCUCCCUUGGAGUGUGGCCCCAGCGAGACAAAUACUAGGGUGCUUGAUUCUGGUAAAAAUAAAAAUAAAAAUAUAGAAAAUCCUAAAGUAGAAAAACAUGUUUCUUCUUCUUCCUCUUCUUCGGAGCCACUUUCUACAGACAUCCCAAGGCGUGUGCUGAUGCGCACUUAUUUAUACCAAAAGGAGAUUUGUUCAGACGUUGGUGUGGAAAACCUUGCCCGGGGCAUAGUACACCCAAACAGUGCACUGCUUGAUUCAGGCGCUAACGGAAUCUUCAUAGAUCAGGUCUGGGCGGAGCAAAUUGGACUCCCCCUUGUAAAAUUAGAUGUGUCUAUAACAUUGAUGGUACACUUAAUGCGGGUGGCUGCAUUACACACAAAUGUUCUUUUGUUGUUGAGUACCAAGGACACAGAGAACGGGUCACUACCGAAGCUACCCAACUAG